AUGGGCAGCAGAAUCAUCACCAGCCUCAACGUGGGUCAGGAAAUGGAGGUGGGUUUCGUGACGGACAUGGCUGAGAGCCUGUUCAGCGACGGGACCACGAACUGGGGCCGCGUGGUCAGCUUGGUGACGUUCGGGGCCGUGGUGGCCAGGCACCUGAAACAGCGCGGCCUGGAGCACUGCAUCGAGCCGCUGGGGGAGCGAAUCAGCAGCUUCCUCCUCCGGGACAAGAGAGCCUGGAUGAGAACGGAGCGUGGGUGAGAAGGCUUCGUGGAUUUCUUCCACACGGAGGACCCCGAGUCCAGCAUGAGGAACGCUUUGAUGACCUUCGCUGGCCUUGCAGGUAUCGGCGCUGGCAUCGUGCUGCUCAUGAGAUGAGGGGAGGGGGACUCCCUAAAGAUACUGGACUAUCGCUACCUGAAUGUCUGUCCAUUCAAAAAGACUUUGCUUCCAUGCCCCCUGUCAAAAAGUUAAACGUGGCUGACGGGGGUGCGGUUUUGAAGAACGCAGACUCUGCCCCGGUGAAAGGGAGGAGGAGGGGCACAGACCAGGGGGUCCAGAGAGAGGGGUUCUCCAGGCACACCAUUUUUAAAACACACUACAGUUUGGAGAUCGCAGGAAGGAGUGGAUUCCCAGAUGCGUGUUUUUUUGUUUGUAAUUUGGUGCUUUUGAAAUGUUGCAGCUAAAUUUGAGAGUGAAUGUAACACCAGAUUUGAGUGUUUCUAUAGCUGCUCAGUGACAUCACUGGUCUGGUUUCCCUGGUUUAAGGGGAGUGUU